AUGGACAAACGCUUUGACAAGCCUCAAAAUGCGAAAGCCGGAAUUAAGUUUGACAUUCUUUCAACGGCACGGAAAUACAUCAAACUAAUUAGUUGUUGGGUUGCUAUAUGGGGACUCGGCUACUACAAGUUCAGCCCCAGUUGGGUGGCCUUUGGGGCUAUCGGCUACUUGGCUUACUUACGUGCGUAUGAAAGGCGUAGUCUUGUGAGCUUAGUUAUGAGGACCAUCACUGAAGAUGAGAAGUCAUCAGUCAUUAAUAAUAUUAGUUCUCAUGAGUUACCUGCAUGGCCUCCUCGUAUUGGUGGCAUAAAAGUCUAUGUGGAGGAGAGCAUUCACAGGGAUGAGAUCGUUAUGGACGUCGACCUGAUGCUAUAUAGCGACGCUAGGAUCAAGGUUUCCGUGGGAAAGAUCGUUGCCGGUGUUAAGGAUUUUGAGCUUCGGGGGACCCUACGGAUUUUGAUAAAGCCACUUGUUCCGCAAAUUCCUUUCGUUGGAGCAGUAACAGUGUGCUUUCUUGACAAUCCGUACAUUAACUUCCUUCUUACGCACAUGGGGAAUAUCUUAACGAUGCCUGGACUCCAGUACAUCUACUGGUUUUAUUCCUCUAACCUAUGCCUUUUGCAAACUCUGUAUAGGACGGUUCAGGACACUGUUAGUUCGCUUUGCGUUCUUCCAAAUAGGAUUUCGGUCCCUCUUGUAAACGACGUCAUUUUGGAGCAGAUUCGAUUCCCUUCAGCUCAGGGUGCUGUCCGCGUCGAGGUCAUCUCUGCUAGCGAUCUUGCAUCCGCCGAUGUAAAUCUUGCUGGGAAAUCGUCUUCUGAUCCCUACUGCGUCGUUCGAGUCGGGGCGGAAAAGUUCAUCACAAAGGUAUUGAGUAAGACGCUUAAUCCAACGUGGAACGAAUGCUUUGAGGCGGUUGUUGAUCAAAAAAUGGGUCAGUCAGUAAUCAUUGAGGUUUGGGACAAAGAUGCUAGUAGCAAGGACGACGAAUUGGGGCUAACAACAAUUCCAAUCGAGGAGGUUUAUUUGCGCGGACAAAUAAAUUCGGUGAAGAUGCUGGAGGGUGUCAGCAAAGGUAAGGUCCACAUGAAAGUGACAUGGCUGGAUCUGUCACCCAAUUCAUCGGAUUUUAUGGCAAUUGAACAAAUUGGGCGGUCUUCUUCCUCUGAGAAGGCCAUUUUCAACGCCUACCUCUUCGUUCGGGUCGAGCAAGGCAAAAACCUAAAGCCCAUCCUUGGAGAUGUGAUUGAUGAAUACUUUCGUUGUUUAUUUCAGCGUUUAAAGUUCUUGCAGGAGCCAUCGCCCUAUUGCGUCCUGCAAAUUGGCAAUGUAGUACAGAAUACGGCGGUGCGUGAGAAAACGCAAAAUCCCAUUUGGGAGUCCCCUCAUCAUUUUCUCUUUUCUAAUCCGGACAUCCAAAUCCUCAACAUCGAGGCACGUGCCUUCUUGUCAUUGUUUUCACUGAGUUCUUUCAUCAUAUAUUUUAAAAUGAAGCCUACAAGUCCGUCAGGAGGGAUGAUUCAUGAUAGCAAGUCAGAGGUUGUCUUGGGCACUCUAGCGAUCCCAUUGAAGCAUCUGAAGGCUGAGAAGAAUAUGACAGUGACUCAGCCUUAUGUUCUUCAGGCAGCAGGUCCAGACAACGCCACCCUCUACCUUCAUCUCGAACUACGGGCGCUGGUGCCGGGUCCGGACAGACAGCCACAUCGGAACCGCGGACCUCUGGAUUCCGGCUGUUCUGAAGAGACUCCCAAGCCCUCCUCUCCACUCAUCACCACCUUCGAGAAAUCUCAAGAGUCCUCACCGGAGCCCUCACCGCUCCCUUAUUCUGUACCGUCGUCUUUGCCCGAAAAUGUCGUUUACCAUCACCGUGGUGAUUUAAAAGAUGAGGACGAGGAUAAUCACACUCUGGUGGAUCCGCCAAACCCGGCUGGUCGGAUAAGGCUAACUAUGCACUACGAUGUUGACAUGGAGAUUCUCAAAGUUACCGUGGACAGGGCUGAAAAUAUCUUGGGCGUAGAUAAAGACGGCUUAUCGGAUCCCUAUGUGAAGUUGAGCGUCAUUGAUAGCUUUGGGCAUACUGUUGGCGAAUCGAAGAAAACAAAAGCUGUGAAGAAUGAUCUGAAUCCAUUUUUCGACCAAAGUUUUGAGUUCUCCGUGAAGUCGGAGGUCUUGGAAACCUGCAAGCUCUGUGUGGUUGUAAAGAAUCAUGUUGGCCCUCUACAGCGCAAUUCGCAGAUGCGCAAAUUGGGCUCCGUUUCGGUGAGUCUGCACGAAUUGAAGGGUGGCAGCGGAUUUACUGAGUGGUAA